UUUUAUACUCCUCGAGUCACUCAUCCUUUAAGUUAGCAGGGUGGGGCUAGGUGCGCGUGCGCGGUUUUGAUACUCCGCCCCAAACUGCCAACUCUUCGCGCAAGCGAGGUAGACGCGCCUUGCUUAGGUUUACGCGUGCGCACUAGUGGACCUGGGCCCGGAAGACCAGACGCUUGCGCAGUGGGGACAACGGUGACAGUACCCCGGGUGAGGCCCCGGCCAGUCAUGGCGGAGCCUUGGUCUGGGCAGUCCUUGCAGGCUCUGCCGGCCACGGUGCUGGGCGCGCUGGGCGCCCUCGGCAGCGAGUUCCUUCGGGAGUGGGAGGCGCAAGACAUGCGCGUGACUCUCUUUAAGCUGCUGCUGCUUUGGUUGGUGUUAAGUCUCCUGUGCAUCCAGCUGGCGUGGGGGUUCUACGGGAGUACGGUGACCGGGCUGUAUCACCGCCCAGGUCUGGGCGGCCAGAACGGAUCCACACCUGAUGGCUCCACGCAUUUCCCUUCCUGGGAAACAGCAGCAAAUGAACCUCUCAAAACCCACAGAGAAUAAGGGAAGCCAGCAGAGGGGUCUCCAGGGGUAUCACCGGGUCUCCUGGCUCCCACACUGAGUCCUGUUGCUGCCCAGACCCCAGGGACAACAGCAGAAGGGAUGGGGUUGGGGGCAAGGUGUACCCCAGUGUUCGCAGGGCUGGGCCUCCACUGCCCUUGGCCUUGCCUUCAGCAGCCCCAGGCAUUGGGCCAGUAAAGAAUUUGCCUCUACCCUGAUCUGGGUGCCUUAAGGAGAGAAGACCUCCUCCUCUCAGGGGUCAGCUCAGAAGCCUCUGUGGUUGGGGAGGCCAACAGUCCAUUUUCUGUCUUGGCUUCUUCCUGUUCUUCCUCCCAUCUCCCUGGGAUGUGAUCCUGUAGAGAUUUGUCCCUGAGAGGAAGCCUGAGGUUGAUCACCUCUGAGAUUUUUCAGGCAGGUCUGUUUUCCCCCGAACCUUGAGUUUGCUGCAUUUCUUCGCUUUUGCUUUGCUGGCAGGGAGCCAGGGAAUCCUGUCCUGGACACAGCCUUAUAUUCUGUGGUUACUUAGCUGUCCAUUCUAGUAUAAGACGGGGCAGCUGGCACCCUCCAGACAUGAAGGCACCAAACACCCACCUCCUUUGACCUCUCCAGGUGGGAGUCAGGCUGUGUAAGUUUUUUUCCCAAGCAUCAUACUCAUACACCUCUUAAUCCCUCCCAGAAGGAAGCUGGGUACCUAAAAGAGGCUGAGUCUCAGGGGUGACUUCCCACCCCCACUGCCUAAGUGCCCAUGGGGUUGUGCAUCUGUGCCCCGCCAGUCACAGGGACAUACUAAGCAGCUAGUGCAGAGCAGCCCCAUCAUGCCCUGCAGCCUCCCCACUUCCCAUCUUUACCCAGGACCAGAGGAGCUUCGUCCUGCCCAUAUGCUAGGCAACCCUGCCACUUCCACAGUGGGCCACACGAGCUCCAGAUGAGCAGUGUGGGCCCGGACCUGCCUCCCUCCCCAGUGGUCGUACUUCUGCCUGCUUUGCUGGGCCAGCAGCUACCUCAGUGUCCCACUGCUUGCUUCCUCUCUGGUAAAUGUCACAUUGCCAUCUGGCAGCCUAGGCCAUCUUUGCACUGUGCACUGGAGUAGGACUGUGCUGAGCACGUGCAUGAGGACUGGUGGUGGGAUGAUGGUUCUGCAGCCCCGGGCCCGCCUACUGACAACAGACACCACACUCACUUCACAGUUGGUCUCACAUUUCACCCCGGGCUCAACUGAGGAUGUGGCUUAUUAAACCUGAAAGUGCA